AAAAAGGAAAAGAAAAAUAGAAACACAAAAAGCGGAUCCUAAAAAGAAGGGCGCUGAUAUUGGAGGCUUUUUUGAAAAGCCAUAGAAGAAAUGGAGUUUGAUACUUCUCCGAUUAAUCGUUGCUCCAAAGAGCAUGAGAAAAUCUAUCAACAGUGGUUUAGCUUAGCCGAUUCAGAUGGAGAUGGACGUCUCACUGGAGGCGAUGCCAUUAAGUUCUUUGCCUUGUCCAAUUUGCCACGCCAGGAACUCAAGCAGGUGUGGGCGAUUGCAGAUUCCAAACGGCAAGGCUUUCUUGGUUUUAGAGAGUUUAUUACUUCAAUGCAGUUGGUCUCUUUGGCUCAAGCUGGCCAUCCAGUAACCGGUGAUCUCUUAAAUGCUGAAGUUAACUUUGAAAAUUUGCAACCCCCUACCUUGGAAGGUCUUGAUGUACUUCAAGCUAAGAAAAAGCGCACGCCUAAAAGUGAACCUGAACAGAAUGGCAAUCCUACAGCGCAAUCUUCCGUUACAGCUAAUUGGUUUUCAUCAUCAACAUCUGUAAAGAAGGUCUCUUUAACCUCUGUCACAUCCAUAAUCGAUGGACUGAAGAAGUUAUACAUCCAAAAACUAAAGCCACUGGAAGUCGCAUAUCGCUUUAAUGAUUUCGUCUCUCCAUUCUUGACAAAUAGUGAUUUUGAUGCCAAACCAAUGGUUAUGCUUUUGGGUCAAUACUCAACCGGAAAAACAACAUUCAUUAAGCAUUUACUUAGAACUAGCUAUCCAGGUGCUCAUAUCGGGCCUGAGCCUACCACAGACAGAUUUGUGGUUGUCAUGAAUGGGCCUGAUGAAAGGAGUAUUCCGGGGAACACAAUUGCUGUUCAGGCAGAUAUGCCAUUUAGCGGUCUGACAACUUUUGGAACUGCUUUUUUGUCAAAAUUUGAGUGUUCUCAAAUGCCUCAUCCUCUGUUGGAGCACAUCACGUUUGUGGAUACUCCUGGAGUUCUAUCUGGCGAAAAGCAACGAACACAAAGGAGCUAUGAUUUUACCGGUGUGACAUCUUGGUUUGCUUCCAAGUGUGAUCUCAUUCUUCUUUUGUUUGAUCCCCACAAACUUGAUAUAAGUGAUGAAUUCAAACGUGUGAUUGCGUCUCUUCGAGGCCAUGAUGAUAAGAUACGAGUGGUUUUGAACAAGGCUGACCAAGUUGAUACUCAACAACUUAUGAGGGUUUAUGGAGCAUUGAUGUGGUCACUAGGGAAGGUUCUAAAUACCCCUGAAGUUUCGCGUGUCUACAUAGGGUAUAAUCUUUUUUUAUUUUUUUUAUUUUUUUAUAUUUUUUUAAAUUUGGCACUUAGUUCAGGUACUCUGCCCAACAAAAUGUUAUUAAGUUGCACGAACUAAUAAAUAUUAUUUUGGGAAUUCAAAUAUCCCUGAUUUGCUGGAUCACCUGGAUGCCGUCACUAUGUGUCAAAGCUGCAUCUUAUAUCAUACUAUUGCUAAUGGACAUGAGAUCUUGAUCACCUAGCCCCAACAGAACUAGAGUGAGUUUAUAGCUUUUCGCCUUUGACAACACUGCCUCCGCCUCCAACCAGUAGGUUGGGUUUCGAGUCACUAGGGAGCAAAGUGCAUAGAACCUGAUCGGCUCCUCUACAGGGUGUCUUUUUU